AUGAUUAGGAGUUUUAAAAAAAUAUAUUGUGCAUGACUCAUUAUCAGAUGUGAGCACAUUAAAAGUUAUUUACAAUUCAUUUGAUGGUAAACUACGGAUAUAAUGGGGCUUGUAUGUUAAAUAGAGGAUAUUACAUGAGUGUCUUCAUAUAGAUGAUAAAGCAUUCAACAUGUCAGACAUCAAUAAGGGAAUGACACUCCGAAGUCGAAUCAGAGAAGAUUAUCUGACGUGUGCGAUAUGUUUCAAUGAAUUCACACACCCAAAGGCUCUUCCAUGCAUCCACACAUUUUGUCUGGAAUGUCUGCGUGGCUAUGUGAAAAGCAGUGUAUUUCCCUGCCCUGUAUGUCGAGCCGAUGCGACUGUUCCACCACAAGGACUAGAGGGAUUUCCAGACAACUACAUGGUGUCAAGUCUUCAAGAUACCGUGGAGGAAGCAAACAAUAAGCCCGCUGUACCACAAAGACCCAGUGAUGAGGCUUUUGAACAAGCUUCUGCGAACAAACUGAAGCCAGUCCCGGCACCACGAUCUAUUUCACCCAAAUCAAGCGGUGACAGACCUGUUCCGGCACCAAGGUCAGUCUCCCCGCGACUUUCAAGCGGCACACCCACACCAACUCUACCUCCAAGACUGAAGAGUGUGAGCCCAACACCAACUCACGCUAAUAACUCAAAUGAGGUAGACAAACAUACGCAGCAACAAAGGGACUCUUCUGGCUAUAAUUUUGGUAAUAUCAUUUCUGACGGAAUAGGUGGUGUUGUUGGUGCUGUGGGAUCAGCAAUAUCAGAUAUAUCGGGAUAUCUUCAGGUAUCAAAGCCUAAACCUGCAGCCAACACUCCUACAUCACCUUUUGAAUAUGUCCCGCAGUCAGAUUCUGGUGAUAAUCCAGUGCAACAGCAUUAUCCCGGACUAUACCCACAACUCGCAACCACUGAGAAUAAAGGUCCUUGUACUGAUAGAAUGGUGCUGUCAUUCGGAAAGUUUGGACCUGGCGUUAACGAUUUUAUGAAACCGUUUGGGCUGGCCACAGGCAAAAAUGGAGAAUUUGUGCUUUCAGAUAGAGCAGGAAACAGAAUUUUUGUGUUUUCUAACACUGGAGAGCUAAAAUCAAGAUUCAACACGAACUGUUCUGUUAACGAUGUGGCAAUUACAAAGGAGAACAAUAUCAUGAUAGCCGUUUCAAAGUCAGGUUCUGCUAUUAUGAGAAUGUAUUCAAUGGAAGGUCGGUGUCUGCAUGUUUUUGGAGAUUAUUACAAGUUUGAUAUUUCAAGUGGAAUUACAGUUACUCCAUCCAAUCAUGUUGCAAUAACCAAUCUCGCCGCUGACAAUGUUCUUAUAUUUACCGAACAACGGAAAUUUUCCAUAAAAUUUGGCUGGAAAGGGCGUGGCCAAAAUCAUUUCACACAACCAUACUUUGUUGCAUCUACAAGUAAAGAUUACUUGGUAGUUUCUGAUACCGGCAACGACUGUAUUAAAUUGUUUGACGUUGCAGGCAAUUUUAAACGGAGCUUUGGAUCAAAGGGAGACCACCACAGUCAGCUGAACACACCACUAGGUGUCGCCACAGAUGCAGAGGACAAUAUCAUUAUCGCUGACUCUGGUAACUUCAGAGUUGAAAUUUUUACUUCGAAAGGAUCAUUUUAUUCCACACUUAUUAAAGAAACAAAUCUGAUCGGUCCAGAUGUUAAGCCAAUUAAUGUUGCCGUCACACCUAAAAACAACAUCGCGGUGUUACUUUGCGGAACAGGCUAUUGUGAGGUUAGAGUUUUCAACUGGAAACCUCAUUCAUAUUCUGGUUUCACUGUUGAGUGUCUUAUCUGAUUAGAGAAUUUCACAUACACAGAAAUUAUGCAGUUUUGAACAUUAAACCAUAGGCAUUUAAAACUCAGUCAUGUAUAUAGAUUACAUAUAAUAUCAUAAAGGGGAUGCCUCUAGAUUUAUGUUGUUUUUUUUUUUUGAACAUUUAAAGUUAUUAGCUCACCUGUCACAAAGUGACAAGGUGAGCUUUUGUGAUCGCGCGGUGUCCGUCGUCCGUCAGUGUGUGCGUGCGUGCGUCCGUCCGUAAACUUUUGCUUGUGACCACUCUAAGAGGUCACAUUUUUCAUGGGAUCUUUAUGAAAGUUGGUCAGAAUGUUCAUCUUGAUGAUAUCUAGGUGAAGUUCGAAACUGGGUCACGUGCCUUCAAAAACUAGGUCAGUAGGUCUAAAAAUAGAAAAACCUUGUGACCUCUCUAGAGGCCAUAUAUUUCACAAGAUCUUCAUGAAAAUUGGUCAGAAUGUUCACCUUGAUGAUAUCUAGGUCAAGUUCGAAACUGGGUCACGUGCCAUCAAAAACUAGGUCAGUAGGUCUAAAAAUAGAAAAACCUUGUGACCUCUCUAGAGGCCAUAUAUAUCACAAGAUCUUCAUGAAAAUUGGUCAGAACGUUCACCUUGAUGAUAUCUAGGUCAAGUUCGAAACUGGGUCACGUGACAUCAAAAACUAGGUCAGUAGGUCAAAUAAUAGAAAAACCUUGUGACCUCUCUAAAGGCCACAUUUUUCAUGGGAUCUGUAUGAAAGUUGGUCUGAAUGUUCAUCUUGAUGAUAUCUAGGUCAAGUUCGAAACUUGGUCAUAUGCGGUCAAAAACUAGGUCAGUAGGUCUAAAAAUAGAAAAACUUUGUGACCUCUCUAGAGGCCAUAUAUUUCAAGAGAUCUUCAUGAAAAUUGGUCAGAAUGUUCACCUUGAUGAUAUCUAGGUUAAGUUCGAAAGUGGGUCACGUGCCUUCAAAAACUAGGUCAGUAGGUCAGAUAAUAGGAAAACCUUGUUAUCUCUCUAGAGGCCAUAUUUUUCAUGGGAUCUGUAUGAGAGUUGGUCUGAAUGUUCAUCUUGGUGAUAUCUAGGUCAAUUUUGAAAGUGGGUUACGUGCCUUUAAAAACUAGGUCAGUAGGUCAAAUAAUAGAAAAACCUUGUGACCUCUCUAAAGGCCAUAUUUUUCAUGGGAUCUGUAUGAAAGUUGGUCUGAAUGUUCAUCUUGAUGAUAUCUAGGUCAAGUUCGAAACAGGGUCAUGUACGGUCUAAAACUAGGUCAGUCGGUCUAAAAUAGAAAAACCUUGUGACCUCUCUAGAGGCCAUACUUGUGAAUGGAUCUGCAUAAAAACUGGUCAGAAUGUUCACCUUGAUGAUAUCUAGGUCAAUUUUGAAACUGGGUCACGUUCCUUAAAAAACUAGGUCAGUAGGUCAAAUAAUAAAAAAACCUUGUGACCUCUGUAGAGGCCAUACUUUUCAUGGGAUCUGUAUGAAGGCUGGUCUGACUGUUCAUCUUGAUGAUAUCUAGGUAAAGUUUGUAACUGGGUCAACUGCGGUCAAACACUAGGUCAGUAGGUCUAAAAUUAUUAAAAUCUUUUGACCUCUCUAGAGGCCAUAUUUUUUAAUGGAUCUUCAUGAAAAUUGAUCUGAAUGUUCACCUUGAUGAUAUCUAGGUCAGUUUGGAAACUGGGUCACGUGCAGUCAAAAACUAGGCCAGUAGGUAUAAAAAUAGAAAAACCUUGUGACCUCUCUAGAGGCCAUAUUUUUCAUGAGAUCUUCAUGAAAAUUAGUGAGAAUGUUCACCUUGAUGAUAUCUAGGUAAAAUUCAAAACAGGGUCACGUACCUUCGAAAACUAGGUCAAUAGGUCAAAUAAUAGAAAAACCUUGUGACCUCUCUAGAGACCAUAUUUUUCAAUGGAUCUUCUUGAAAAUUGGUCAGAAUUUAUAUCUUGAUAAUAUCUAGGUCAAGUUCAAAACUAGGUCACAUGAGCUCAAAAAGUAGGUCACUAUGUCAAAUAAUAGAAAAAACGACGUCAUACUCAAAACUGGGUCAUGUGGGAAGAGGUGAGCGAUUUAGGACCAUCAUGGUCCUCUUGUUUUAGGUGCAGGUUCCUACAGCACACCGUCGCACUGAUGAAACAUAUAUUGAAACUUCCUUGAAUUUAAACUAAUCAGUGGUGGGUUUUGAUUUUUUUUACCAAAUGUAUUGAACUGAUGAGAAUAGUUUUUUUGUUGUUUUUUUCAUUCAGAUCUCUAACUAACCUACACCUUCAUUUUAAAGUAUUUAUUGACUUUUAAUCCUUUCCUUAUUUUUUCAGUAUUAGAUUGAAAUGAAAUAUAUGGAAAAUAGUUCCUCAUGAAUACUAAUGAUUUCCUUUUAUGCUGCAAAAGUAGCAAAGCCAACCAAUAGAAACCUAUGAAAUUUGAAUAUAUUUUUAACCCUUACCCUGCUAACUUUCUAUAAUGAACUUGUCCAUCUUUCAAUUUGGACAGUACCAUUAACUGUAUAAAGGGGUGCUAACCAAAAAGAUACUGGCUGAAUAGCAAACAGUGUGCAGGCUGAUCAUGAUCUACACUGGUCACAAAGGCACAAUAAAUCGGGUCCAGCAUGGUAACAGUUAAGCUGCAGCUAUUUGAAUCAUCAAUCAGAGUAUAGGUUAGAGACCACCAAUUGUUUUCCCAUAGACUUACAUUAUAACAUUAUGGCGUGUACGGCCUUCCAUAAAUCGAAACAUGUAUAUCUAAUUACAUGUUUUUCAAGAACUAUUUUAGUUCUAUCAAAAUAUCGGACAAAAAACAUAUGAAUAGUGAUACUUUAUUUAAGUAAUUUUUGUGUGAAUGAGAUGACCCCGUUUACAUCGUUGGCAUGGCGGGAGAAAUUCGUUUGAUAAAACUUUUUUUCAAUACACAUAAAAUGUAGCAAAUUUGUCCAAAUGUAUUAAAAAUACUGUAAAUGCAGUAAAAAAUAUCAAUUUUGAAAAAAAUAAUCACUUCCUGGGUUUGUUUACAUGACUGACCAAUCAGAACGCACAGACGUUACCUUAUUCCCAGGUAUACACUUACCUCAUUCCCGGUAAGUUACCUGUACUUUUUUGAAUUGGUGGUCUCUGACCUAUAGAUGAAUGUUUCUUGUCAUAUUUUCCACUUUUACAGUGUUAUUGUCAAACAUGAUCUAAUACCAAAUGUUUUACGAAGUUUCAUCAAGAAAUGUUUAGUUUUAAGAAAGGUAUGGACAUUUUACUGAGGUCACCCCCUGUCGAUUUAUAUGCCCAGAUUCAGACUCUGAUUGCAAUUUUUUGUGAAAGUUUAAGUUAUCUGCAUUGGAUUUGGCUUGGAAGCUAACAUUAUUAUUAUUAUUAUACCAAAUUUAUAUAGCGCCAUUAUGAUUCAUUCCGUAAAAAAUAGACAUAAAGUCUGUUAAUUUUGAUAAUUCCCUGACAUUACAGAGAUAAAAAUGAUCCUUUUUGUUCCAAAAGCUCAGAUAAAAAUGGGCACACCUGUCAAAAAAAGAGGCCAAAAUUUAAAGAAUAUUCAAAUUUCACGCUUAUUUUUACACGAAAACGUCUUUCUACAUCAUUUACGUCAGAUAUGUGACCAUUAACAUAACAUGUGAUGGCUUUCGAGAAAAGUAAUAUUUUAGCUCUAAUAUAGGUUAGAGACCACCAACUGUUUUCCCACAGACUUACAUUAUAACAUUAUGGUGUUACGGCCUUCCAUAAAUCGAAACAUGUAUAUCUAAUUACAUGUUUUUCAAGAACUAUCUUAGUUCUACCAAAAUAUAGGAUGAAAAACAUAUUAAUAUAGGUAGUGAUACUUUAUUUAAGUAAUUUUUGUGUGCCCUGUUUACAUCGUUGGCAUGGCGGGAGAAAUUUGUUUGAUAAUACUUUUUUUCAAUACACAUAAAAUGUAGCAAAUUUUGUCCAAAUGUAUAAUAAAAUACUGUAAAUGCAGUAAAAAAUAUCAAUUUUGAAAAAAAUAAUCACUUCUUGGGUUUUAUUACAUGACUGACCAAUCAGAACGCACAGAUGCUACCUUAUUCCCAGGUAUACACUUACCUCAUUCCCAGUAAGUUCCCUGUACUUUUUUGAAUCGGUGGUCUCUGACCUUUACUAAUUUUUGAAAAAGUACAAACUUCUGCGAGAUUAUUUAAUUUUGUCAGCACACAAUUUCAUGGUUUGCGUCAAACAAGUAUAUCAUGGGGAUCUGAAUAAUUAUGUAGAUUAUAACUUUUGAAGAUAAAAUUAUUGGGAAUUUUGCUUGUUUAUUGGGAUUUAAUGUUGUAAAUUGACUAAACCACAAAAUCAACAAAAAUUAGUCCCCAACAAAAAAUUAAUGAUUUCACAGUACUGUAAAAUGACAUUUCAAUCUUUGUACAUGCUUUGUAUAAUAUCAAUGCUGGCGGCAAGUGAUUUUGCCUUUGUGACCAGCACAUCUGUGCAGGCUGAUUAUGGUCUGCACUGUUCGAAAUUCAGGCAGUAAAUUUUCAGUGAACACCCCUUUGAAUAAUAAGUGGUGCUGCCCAAAUUGAAUGAUGGACCAGUCCAUUUUAGAAAUUUAGCAAGGUUAAAAGGCAAAAUGUUUCCAUUGCCAAAAAUAUCUGAGCCGCACCAUGAGAAAACCAACAAAGUGCAUUUGCGACCAGUAUGGAUCCAGACCAGCCUGCGCAUUUGCGCAGUUUAGUCAGGAUCCAUGCUGUUCGCUGACGGUUUCUCUAAUUGCAAUAGGCUUUGAAAGCGAACAGCAUGCAGGGGUCACGCUGUCGAUCGCCACUUGAGCCAUUUGCGACAAAAAAAUUAAAUGUGGCUCCGAAAUUUUCUAAUUGGCGAAAAUGGCCCGAAGCUAUGUCUGUCUGCAAAACUACGAAUAUUGCCAGUUUUACGAACCAAAAGGUGUGAAAAAUCGAUAAUCUGUGUAGACAAACAACAUCCGUUAUUGAAAGGGAGGGAGCCAAUUUGCAAAAUUUUUAUUUGAUCAGGCAGUUAAUUGGUGAUAAUUAGAUUAUUGAAUAACAAACUGGAUAAUUAUAAUCAUCAUUUUGUGCGCUUGAAACGAUUUAUUAAAUGAGCAAUCGGCCGUUAGACGAUCUAUAGUAAAUUUUCUAUGAUUGCCGAGGGUUAGUUUGGGCAAAAACAAAUAAAAAAUGCUUUAGAUAAGCAGAAAUUGUAAGUAUUGAAUAGCUAUGAUGAUAGAAAAGCAAUAAAACAUAGGUAUUUUAUCAAAUAUUUAAUUCUAACUUACGUUUUCCGUAUUUGUCACCCGUUUUCGCGACUGUGAUUUUCGGAUAUUUCUGUCAUUUCUGACGAGAUUUUUUAGUGCAGUCUCAAUAAAAAGUCUACAUUUAAGAAAAAUAUGACAACUGUUGCAAAAGGAGCUCUUAUUUUGAAGUAUUUUUCGAGAAUAAAACAUGCGAAGGCAUCGAACCCCACCCACUUAUAGGCAAUAUGCAAAAUAAGACGCUGCUUAAACAAAAUUUCUUCUUUUUUGACAUAGAGUCUAUUUAUUUUAAAUGUGUUGUUCAGAAUUUUUUUGUUAAAUGGCAGAUGUUGAUAAAAAUGAUAAUUUUAGAAGUUAACAAAAAUUGUUUUUCUAAGUAGCUUUUUAAAGGGUUACUAAGAAAUAUGUAAUAACUACAUUAAUUUCUUGAGUGGUAUGAGUACUUUGGUACAUAUAAUGUAGUCCUACGAGAAUGUCAAAGCUAUGCACUUUGCCGUUGUUGGCCUCCUUAUCUUCGGAAAAAGCAGUGGCUCAGAGAAAAAAAAUCCCAGUGUGACCCCUGAGCAUGGAUCCUGACCAGACUACGCGGAUGCGCAGGCUGGUCUGGAUCCAUGCAGGUCGCAAAUGCACUAUGUUGGUUUUCUCAUGGUGCGGCUCAUUUUAUUUAUCUAUAAAAUUCUAAACAUACUUAUUUCAAAAUGCAUUAAGUUACAAUGGAGCCUCAGAAGUCAUUAUUUUUCCAUACUGAAAAUCAAAUAUAUUGGAGGCUCCACGUAAUUUGGAUGUCAGUUUCAUGUGAAUCAUUGCAUAAAAAAGUUUAUUUACUUUGAUAUUAGCAUUUUCAUUCAUGCUAAAGAAAACAGUUGUAUAAUUUAUAUAUUAGUUACAAGAGUAGACACGUAUGAUAAUGUAAACUAAUACAAUUAGUAUCAGAUUUGUUUCGAGAAAUAUGCAUUGUUCCAGGAAAAUAAAAUAGCACUCCCAAAACUGCACAAUAUUUCCCCCACAGGAUUUGUGCAUAUUUUUCGAUACAAAUGUAAUCACCUUAUACUCACACUUAUACCGCCUUAUACUGUCUGAGGAAGUUUUAUACCUAGAAAACUGUGUAUUUAAAUACAGACUUUGAAGUGGCAUUUACAGUGUCAUAUUUUGGCAUCUGUAUUGUAAUAUUUUGGUAUCUUAAAUGUCAUACUACAGUCAUAGUUUUUUUACUAAAUUAUUUUUUCACAAUUCGAUGUUUAUUACCUCUUGCUGCAAUAUAUGAAAAAAUCUCUUGUUAAUUUUCAUUGAAUGUUUGUACAGUUUUCAGUAUCUCUACUGCUUGUGCCAGUUCCACAUAAUGUUAUUUAAGAAUGUUAUUACAGUUAUUUCAAAUGUUAUUAAAGUUAUUUCAAACAUUA